GAAGCCGAAAGGUUAACGACUGAACGGAAAAUCACAAACAAAGACCAGCUAAAGACUCAAAGCUUCCCACUCAGACAGACCCACUUCUUCAGAAAACAUUAUCAUUUUGUCUCAUCUGCGUUUCUUCCCUUUUAAUAAUCAAAAUCAAGCUCUUCAUUUCUGUGAUCGGAUCGAUUCAUCCCCAAGAAAUUUCAGUCGCAGAAGGUGAGUGGUGACUAUGCCCACUACCUAAUUGAGAGGGUUUAAGGGUUUACUGGAGACGAGUACACAAAGCAGAGCGGCGGUCAAUUUUGUUGUUGGAAGGUUGGAAUAAUGGCGACGGAGCAGAGUAAUUCCGCUUACAAGGAAUACGUAGCUGGUUUGCUCGCCGGCGUCGCCACCGUAAUGAUCGGCCAUCCCUUCGACACGGUCAAGGUGAAGCUGCAGAAGCACAACACUGAAACUCACGGGAUAAAGUACAGGAAUGGUUGGGAUUGUUCGGCUAGGAUAUUACAGACGGAAGGAGUUAAAGGACUGUAUAGAGGAGCGACUUCAUCUUUUGUAGGGGUAGCAGUUGAAAGUUCACUUCUUUUCGGCAUUUAUUCACGGACAAAGCAGUCCCUGCAGAAAGGAGUGCAAACCGAUAAACCUCAGCCUCGAGUAAUAAUCCCCUCUGCAGCUUACGGUGGAUCAAUUAUCAGUUUCAUAUUAUGUCCAUCCGAGCUAGUCAAGUGUAGGAUGCAAGUUCAAGGGGCAGACUCCUUGGUUCCAAAGCUCAGCAGAUACAGUAGUCCUCUAGAUUGUGCAAUUGAAACAGUGAAAAAAGAUGGAGUUACGGGUAUAUUUCGUGGGGGUCUGACUACAUUAAUGAGAGAAGCUGUUGGAAAUGCUGUAUUUUUCAGUGUCUAUGAGUAUGUCCGUUAUUACAUGCACAGACACCUGAAGGGCGAUUCUUCCAAUCGCAGCAAUGUGAUGGACAUGGGGAUUGGAAUCGUAACCGGAGGACUUGGUGGUGUAGCGUUCUGGUCUGUUGUGCUGCCACUUGAUGUGGCGAAAACCAUCAUCCAAACUUCACCAGACAACAACUCAACGAGGAAUCCAUUCAAAGUCUUGAAUGCAAUCUACAGGAGCAAUGGGGUGAAAGGAUGCUACACAGGUUUGGGCCCCACAAUUGUGAGAGCAUUCCCUGCCAAUGCUGCUGCAAUAGUCACCUGGGAGCUAGCCAUGAAGAUGUUGGGGAUCAAUCGCGACUAAGAAGACAAUCGACGACCAAAUAUUAAACGACUCUGACUUAGACUGAACUAGCAUUCGAAGACGAUCCCUGAUUGUAUCAAGUACCAGCAUUUGAACAUGAUCCCUGAUUGCAUUGAGUAGCAGUUUAAAACCACUGAUUCUGGACAAAACUUCUGUACCAUUUUUCAGCAGCGGGGUUCUUAGACCCAUUGAUUAACUACAUGCUGCAUUCUUUAAGCCUGCAAGUUCUGCUCUUCGCCACUUAAUUGCCUAAACUAGUGCAUUAUUUAUGGUCUUUCGGCUUCAGUAUUUUGCAGGAAAAGGUACAGGAGAUAGAUAUCACUCAGUUCCCAGAUUCUAACUGCAAAACAGUCGUCUGGGUUUGGAAUAAGGCAUUGGAAUGCCACUAAUUACAUUGUGAAAACAAGCUUGCAUACAUUAUUAGAUACAAAUUCCCAAAUGCAGAUUAGGGACUAAGGAUUGUAGGUGACUUGACAGAAGAGAGAGAGCAACUUAUUACUGGCCAAUUUCAGGCAGAUUAGGUAGGGCAUACUAAUGCAUAGAUGGUGGUGGUGGUGGUGGUGGGAACUGGGGAUUGAGCUCAAUUGUACCCUUCAGUCGAGCUUUUCCGGCGGCGUUCGUUGUGGCCGGCCAGACGCCUCCUGCAGCUCUUUUUGGUGUCGUCGAACUCCGACAACUCGUGGAACCUGCACCAGAUUUACCAGAAGCUUCACUUCAAAUCUUCAAUCAUCAUGAUCCUCAAGUUGCUAGGAUCACAAGUGAAAAAAUGAACAGUGAAAGACAGGAAAGUAACUGUGGUAACAACAGGGGAAACAGCCAAAAUGUCUGGUACUGCUGCUGUUGGGAGUACUCGGCCCAACUUCAUGCAUAUAAUUUCUGUAACACACAAACAUGUACAAUUCGUCCUACGUUGGUACUGUACGAUUUUCCUCAGUUCUUGUUGGUUUCAUUGUCUUUGAACUAAUAAUUCACAUGGUUUGGAAAGAAAGGACAGGGGGUAAUUACUAGUGAAAGAUGGCAUCUAGUUUACCUAUUAGGCAAUACAGUAAUAUAUUCAAAUUCUAACUCUAAUGGAAGAUAUAAACUAAACAGAGAUCACUAGAUUCGAACAUAAAACCAUUAGAUUCAA